CCUUCGGAUGGGGUGAUAGGGGGGAUAGAAUAGACUCACUGGCUUUCCUUCCCUCCCUCUAUCCACUUUUUGUCUGUGCUGCCGUCUAUCUCGCGAUCCCCCGUGCUCCCUCGUUCAUGAAUGUCACCUCUAUCUCCAGGAAUUGCUGGAUUUAUCACAAGCCUCUGUCUUUUUCUCCUUCUUCUCUCAGGGUACGAGUGGACACGAGGGUAAUGCCCGGAGAGCCUGAGAGACAACCGCACUCUGUCCAGCAGCCUUCCUCCAUCAGCUCGCCCGUCUGAUACCUCAACUCGGACAGUCCCUACUUCUUUUUCUACUUGUCUCUCCUGACAUAGUUGCGGACGGGGAGAUUUUAUUGGGAAGGACAAGGAAAGGAGCUGCAGUGUGUCCCGACGGCGUCACGACUCGUGUAUUGGAGACUUUUUAUCUGGACAGUUUUUUGGACCGCGUUCCUGAUCUGGUGGGCUGGGAGGGAUAAAUGUGAAUUUUGUGCAGGCUUGUUUUUGUGAUGUUGCUUACGGGGUUGAGCUGAACUCAGUUGGAGCUAAGAGCACUCCCAGACUGGAACAGAAUCAUCGGGGCAUUUUGGCAGGAUAACAAUAUGACUUGUCCCACCAGAAGGAUGGUGAUAUAACCAAGCUUUUCCUGAAAGAACAACCAAAAAGCAGAAGGAAAUUUAAAGGCAAUAGAUUACCAAUCAAAGUAUCUGUGGUGGUCAAGUUUGGGUGAGUUUUUAAAGGAUCAAUCCCUCUUCACCCCUCUCCCUCCUUUCUGCCUUUCUCCUCACUGCUUCGGACCGUCUUAAGGAGCUCGUCUCUCCUCCAGUCUGAACCCAUCACUUAGUGGUGCUCCGUCGCCCUGGGUGAGCAGGCAGGGGGGUGGCCCACGGUACCCCCCGACACCUGGACGCCACCAAGCCGCCAAGGGCCGGUGAGGCGGCGGCAGGGUCAGUGCUGGGAAGAUGGCCGCUCUUGCCAGCUCCCUCAUUCGCCAGCGCAGGGAGGUCAAGGACCCCCAAGCAAACCGGCAGAUUGCCAGCAAGCGCAAGCCCUGCCCAAAGAGCAACAAGUCGCUCUGCCAGAAGCAAAUCCUAAUAUUAAUAUCAAAGGUUCGACUAUGUGGCAGUCGAGGGAGAAAGAUGGAAAAAAGACCAGAGCCCCAGCUGAAGGGCAUCGUCACGCGGCUCUACUGCAGGCACGGCUUCUACCUCCAGAUGCUGCCGGAUGGCACCAUGGAAGGCACAAAGGACGAAAGCAGCUCCUUCUUGCAGUUCAACUUGAUUCCUGUGGGGCUCAGGAUAGUGGCCAUCCAGAGCACCAAGACGGGGCUCUACAUUGCCAUGAACAGCGAGGGCUACCUCUACACUUCGGAACACUUCACACCGGAGUGCAAGUUCAAGGAGUGUGUGUUUGAGAACUACUAUGUCACCUACUCGUCCAUCCUGUACAGACAGACCCAGUCGGGGCGAGCCUGGUACAUCGGCAUCAACCGGGACGGCCAAGUCAUGAAGGGAAACCGCGUGAAGAAGACCAAGGGUGCUGCUCACUUCCUGCCCAAGCUCAUUGAAGUGGCCAUGUACAGGGAGCCCUCGCUACAUGAUGUAGCCGAACAGAGUCCGCCCAGAAAAACGCCUAAGACCUCCAGUGACUCACCAGUGCUCCCGAACGCCAAGAAAGAUGCUCAAUCCAAAACCAAAACCCCCUCCUCCUAGCACUGACAGACAAUGGAGGAGAAGAGGGGUGGAGGAAAUGGGGCGAUGGCCACCAGAGGACACCUGAACAAGGUUGUUGGGGCUCGUCCUCCCUCUCCCACCUGCUGCCUGUGAUAUGAACCCCAACGACACAUUGGUGUAAAAACAUUUGGAGAAAAAGAGCAGGUUCAAGCGGAGUGGAGCUGGCGAAGGGGGAAGCCCCGUUUUAUCUCCUCAGACCACAGCCCUCCACCUUCUCACUCAAUUGUCUCUGUGGUUGGCAGAACCUGGGGUAUAACAGCAAUAACUCCUCAACAGUUGUAAGGCAUGUCAGGACAUGAGUGUUUCACCAGCUGGAAGGACGUCUCCUAGCCAUCAUCACCCAACAUAUUUCCACUCAAAACCAAAUAUCCCAGCGAGGUCUUCCUGGUUUUAUCACAACGGGUGCAACUAGCAAAGCUGUCCCUCUGCAGCACACAUUCUUCACGAUGUGUUGGUGUGUUUUUAUUUCCCCGCAGGGUUCUGCGCUAAUGUUAUCUCGACACAGAGCCGUGCCAAUGUGCGGCCGUCGCGCAGACCUUUGCAGACUUCACUUCUGCAGCCAUCUGCUCGGUCCACAUCUUCUACGUGUGUCAGCAACUUUCUGAGAUGGCCUGAAUACUUCUCAGCCAUAUUUGUAUGCGUUUGUGUGUAUGUGUGUGUGUGUGUGUGUGUGUGGCUCCCUCUUCUUCCAUUCACCUUUGGCACGAUUUGAUUAGUUUGUGACAUGGACUCAAUUUUCCACUCUGUGGCACAAGAAAACCCCCCUCCCGUCCCCUCGGCUCUGCUAAUGGAGUCUGGGGCUGAUCAGAAUCUUUCGACCCUUAAACAAGGGGCCACAAGCUCCCUCGGCACACCGCAUAACCACACACACACACACACACUAUACACUGACAUUUAAACAAACAUAUGCGGUACACACAAGGGGUGUGGUCUGUGUGCAAACACACUGCAUCUCCUUGAUAUCCAUAGGUCAUGAAUGCAUAAAAGACCUCACGAGUCAACACUUUUAACACUUCUGAAUGCACUACCAUGUGCCAAUAGAGCAGCAUGUGUGUGUGUGUGUGUGUGUGUUUAUGUGUGUGUGUUCAGGCUCUGCGUGAUGAUGAGGAUGUGAUCAGUGAGAUGAGGUAGUGAUGGAGCUGCGACUGAGCUGGAAUAGCUUUCUUUACUGUGGUUGGCCAUGCAUUGCACAAACCCUCAAGGCUCUUGCGGCAUCUGCAGUAUCUCAUUCGCUCAGUGUGGAAGAAAAAGAAAAAGAAAUGAGUUUAUUUCAUUAUCGCAUACAAAUAGUACUUCUAUUUUAAAGUGGAAAAAUUCUGCAGAAAACACGCCACUCUAUCCUGAACCCAGGCCAGAAGUAUGUCUUUGAAGUGCAGUUUUUUCCUCACCCUUAAAAUCAGUCCGAACCUGACUGCUAAAUCUGUCAGUCUGACUUGAUUUAAUUUACUGCAAACGUAUUUUGAAAAUCAAUCCAGAGAGAGAUUUGAUUAUGUUGAUUGCUGGCGUUGAUGCACUUAAGCUGUAGAGUGUUAAAAAGCAAAUGUCAAUAUCUGGGGGGGUGCCCUGUGAGUUUCUUUUUUGUUGCGUUCAGAGACUGAUUUGCCAUGCCCCUAUGCUCAUGCAGAUCAUUUUCCCAACAGGAGUACGCAAGCAGGCCAGUGCAAAUGAUUAUACAACAGUAAUUUAUCAGUAGCUGUACUGCACCUUUGCGACAUGGUCACAAUGGUUGUCAGCUAUGAAGCAGAAGCAGAGAUUGUACCUUUUGUUUUCCACACAUUUCUCCACCUCCUCUUUUGCCUACAUUUCCCAUAAUGCAGUUCCAUAAAGUGACUCGAGAUUCAGGAUCCAGGUUAACUGUAAUUUUUGCUUAAUUUUCCUAAAUAAUCCUUAAAGUGUGCCCCUGUACUGGGUGAGUUUCUUUAGGAUGGAAAUGAAUUGACCAGACAGAUGCUCCAGGUGGCAACAAUGCACUUCUUUAUUUCUUUACUGCAAUAAACUUAACUUUGAUAGUGAUCUACUUUUAUCUAACCACUGCAUUAUGAGCCAAUAUUUACAUGUGUGGCCCCUCAGAUAUAAAUGGGCUGAUAGUGGGGACCUCUAGCGGAUCAUGUCCUGUUUCCUUGUGAGGAUCCUUGUGAAUUGGUGAACUAGUUCAUUGCGGUUCGCCCGAGCGUGAUGGAUAAAACACUCACUUUCAGCUCAUGUUCAUGCUUCCCCCAUGUAUUUGAGGGAAACCACUGCAAAAACCAAACUGAAAGUUUUAUGUCACAAAAUCCCCCCAUGGUUGCGUUGAUGGUAGUUUUGCAAUCAAAUUGGACUGGAAGAAGCUUUUUGUUGGGUUUUGACUUAUUUUAAGGGAAAUCUCUGCUCCUGCUAUGUUUCAUAUUCAUCUCUGUUUGUGAUUAUUCUAUAAUUGAGCCAAAAAACGUUUUGAGAAUGCAAAUUUAAGUAUUCUCUGUAGUUUUGUAAUAAAAAAAAGAAAUACUUUUUUUAAAUUCAUUUCUGAAUGCUUUUCUCGUGUUAUCAUAAAUCUUAGAUAUUUAAGCAUACAAGCAGAGGAAUUCCAGCCUUCUUUAUUUUUGAUUCAAAAUUCACUAUAAUGAUGCCAUGGCAUUGCUUUUUUUCUUUUUCUACGAAGGAAAAUUAGUAAACCACAGUCAUAUACAGUAUUACUGAUGAAAGCAAUCGCUGCAGGUACAGGAAACAUGCAUCAGUAUUAACUUUUAUCACAUUUUUUCUGUUGGUUAAUUGGUCUCCUCCACCAGUCAGGAAGUCGCCACCAAUUUACAUUAUUCUUCUCUACUCGUUCUCCCACGAGACCUUUUUGUGCAUUUUCAUUUGUUCUCUCUAUUCAACACAGAAAGCAAUCACUUUUUCACACCAAACUUUCCCCGGUGCAAUAUGCCAGGCAGGGUAAUUGUUUCUGCCUAAUGUUUAUGUAUUGUGGGCGUCCCGAGCGUUGAGGAAAUGGAGAGGAGAUGGUGCUGAAGAUGAGGGUGCCGAUAGAGAGACCAAACAAAGGAGGGAAAGAGGGAAUUUUCAGGGAAGAUAAUUGGCGAUGACGAGUGGAACAAAAUGAGAUUGGACAGUGAAUUGUGGCAACAUUGACAGCGUUCCCCGAACACAUGCACACAUUCGCACUCUUCUCCUUCCAACCUUAAUCCUCUGCACCCCUGAACCUGUGCUUGUAAAUAAUAAUAGCUGAUAAACCGAUCAGAAGCACGGCCUUUGCUGAGCAAAGUAACCCUGAAAGAUGAAGCAAACUGCAAAGAAAAAGAGGAUUUAUUCCACACAAUCCACUAUUUAAACCUCACUUUCACACUAAAGACCUUAAUUAAACUGUGUGUUUGACCAGCCAACCCCUCGUGGAUCGCCAGAUCCAGCACACAUUAUUUGACUAUUAUUUGCCACGUAAUUAGUCAAAUGUUUAAUUAAAUGAGGCUCCUGCCUGCAGCGUGGUAUUAAGACUGUCUGGGACUUGGUACUGUUCGGUGGGAGGACACCUGCUUCUGUGCAUUUUAAGGGCUGGGAAUUCAAUGUUGCAAUAAUUUCUUCAUGUAUGUGUCAUGACUGUUGUUUCCAGAGUAUUAUUAGACUGUUUUUUAAAACAGAACAGUUAAAGGUUAAAGCUUUAGUUUGUUGAUUAGUGCAGAACAUAGCCCAGAUAGCAAAAUAUGUUAAAAUCAAUGUUGAAUUAUGGACAAAAAGGUAGAUUUUUGGUCAAGGUCAACGAUUGAUGGUGGAUCAACCAUCAAUCAAUCAUCCAAUUCUAAUGCCAAAGUGUAAUCAAUGUUGAAUCAACAUAUUCUGUUUGUCUGUUUGGCUUCAACAUGGAUUCAAUGUUGGUUCACUCAUAUUUUGCUGUUAGGGUGAUGUGUGAGAAUGUUGAGGUUUGAAGAUCAUAUUAGUGAGUGGUUGUGAGCAUUCUUUUAAAUAUAAUUUACUUAAAUUGGUGUCUUUUCCCAUCUUGAGUACCAGACGGACGUUGCAAAAUAUAUUUUUCUGACUCCAAACAAACUUCUCUCCUGGUUUUCAGAGAUCAGAGCAAAGGAAUCCAUCAUGUCACAUUUAGACACAUUUUCAUUGACUAAAUUGUUGUUGGACUGAUUUAAAACUGGUCCCAGGUUCUAUUUAAAAUAAACAAAGUCCUGCAGAUCAGGAUAAGUUAUUUGAUCUUCAGUUUUUUUGACAAAAAACGUUGGGCUUGGACUAAAGUUGAUGUCAACCUGUCAACAAAAAAUCUGCCAGAGAAACUCAAGUUUGUUUAUUGAAAGAAAAGAACUAGUGUUUCCAGAAACGAAAUAUAUUUAAAGAUAAACACAGAAGGAAAACAUAAAGCAUUUGUGAGUUUUUUCUCCCAGAUUCAAAGCAGAAACACUACUAAAGAAGUCAACAUUCAAGUUCAACUCUAUUUACACCUCAAGCUGAUUGGAUGGUAGCAAAUCAGUUACAAAUCAAACUGACCAAUCAGGUAGCAGAUGGAUUUAAUUGCCCUCAACUAUACCACAGGUGCUGAAAGUUGAAUUUCAAAACAUAAACGCGAAUCUUUGUCAAAGUGCGAUUAAAGCAAAUAACUGUUUCCUGUGUAUUCAGGAUAUUUAAACUAUUAACUGUUUUAUCCAGUUAACAGAAUUAUCUAGAGUUGCAAAAAGUAGUGAUACUUUCAUCCGUCAUCAAUAUUGACUUCACUUUGAGGAUUAACGGCUCAGCUGGAGGUGUUUAAGCCUUAAGAUCUCUGAUAUGAUGAGCAAUGCAUCUAAGAGGACUCGAACAGAACACUUGAUUAGUUGUGAGCAUUAAUUCACAAUCUCAAAAUCUUUUGUAAAGCCCUUUUCAUCUAAUUUGGUUUUAAAGAUUGACACAUUUAAGCUGUACAGAGUGUCAACUCCAGGUGGCACAAAGAACGCAUAAAGACCAAAAAGCUAUUUCACGUUGUUUGGUUUGAACCCUGGAUACCACCAGUGGACCAAUCCCUGUAGAUCUAAGACACUUUCCAGGUUUUUAUGCAGAAAACAUGUCUUCUAACUGAAAUUGUCUUUUGACAUAAAGCCAAAGUGAGGAUCUAAGCAUUGGAAUGAUGCAUUUUCUUUUUCUUGGUGUUUGUCAGUAUUCUCGCUGCAGCAUUUUGAAUGAACAGCAGGAGUCUGAUGCUCCUACUGUGGAGGCCAGUAAGGAGUGAAUUACAGUAAUUUACUCGACAUGGAAUGAAAGCAUAGAUUCACUUUUCCAAAUCAUUCAUUCUGGCAUUGUUUUAAGAGUUAAAAGUGAGAUCUUCAUCUAGAAUCAUGACAAGAUUCUUCACAUUAUUGUGAGUUUCUUCAUGACUAAAAGUCAUUAUUUCUGUUUUCUAUUUAGUUAAAAGAAAUUUUGUUUCAUCUUGUGUCAGUGACACAAGACGACCCUCUCACCCUGGUUAUUUGGUGAGAGUUCUACAUACAGUAGAUCAUCUGCAUAGCUAUGACAACAAAGUCAAUAGUGUUGGACAACAUGAAAAAGAGGAACUAUGUAGAGAAGAAUUACAAUUCCUGAAGCCCAGUCGCCUUUUUCAUUCAGUCUAGAAAUCUACUGCGUCAAAUGCUCUACGGAGAUCCCAUGACACCAACACUGUUAGAUUCCCUGAAUUACCUGUCAGAUAAAUGCCAUUCAAAUUCAGAGAGCAGUGCCGGUGCUUUGAUAGGAUCAGAAGCACAAAGCAUCAUUAAGGCUCUUCCAAUGUUCUUUAAACCUCCCUUUGGUUUUCUCGAAGACCAUGGUUCACACUAGUCAGUGUUUCUCCUCAAAAGCAAUAGCUUAAUAUUGAAGUAGUGUCUGUAGGUUGAAAUAAAAUGAACACCCCUACAAACAAGCCGACUGUUUGAGCAGGAUCCACAAAUGGCCAUUGGUUACUUAAACACUCAAUAUAACAGUGUUCAGUAAAGAAGACAUAAAUACUGUUUUUAAAUGCAGUUUAAAAACAGCCACUGUGACUGCUGCUCUAUGCAGUUGUAUUGUUCUUCUACUGCUGCUUCCACUUCACAUCCAUGAUUCAGCACCACCACCACCCCCCCUUUUGACUCAAGCAGACCAAAGGCUACAGUGGUUCUGAUUCAUAUAUUAAGUGUUAUUGUUAAAUGCAGCAUUUGACACUGUUUCGUCAGACCGGUUGAUACCUCACUGUGCCUUCAGAUGUGCUUUGCCCUUCAGUCAACUACCAAAGUGCAAGGAGGCUGUCAAACCUCCUCAACAGGCUAUGGCUGCUUGACUUUAGUUUCCAUCCUGCGUUAGCCCCUUUUCAAUUCGCUUCUUUCCCACUCGCUCACCUAAGAUGUGGCUCCACAUUGUUUUGAUUGGCCCCUGGUAAAACUGCAUCUUGCCUCUAGCAAAAUGGAGUUUUGGGUCCAGAGUUGCACCCGCAUUUCUGGGUUUGAACCAGUUGGCUGUCAAAGAGAAAAGAAAGAAAGAAAAAAGGACUGGUUUUAAGUUAAGAUUCAGCCCUGAACCAGCACUAGAACCAAUUUGGUUUAAAAAAAGACCAUACUGACUCAUUUAAGCCCAUACACAAACAAAACAAGAGUUUUAGGUUAUAAGUCAGAGAUCAGAGCUUAUAAGAAGAACUUAUAAGAAGAACUACAUGAUUGUGUAGAACUCUUUCACUUCAUUUUGUACUAUUCUUCUCUUUGUCUCAUUUUCAAAGAGAAAUGCCCUUCAGAUGCAGAAAGUGUUAGCUCAUGGGUCAACAUCUCCAUAAAUGUGCUGUUUCCUAGUUUUCAUAUCUUUUCCUGCCCCUAAUUCUGCUUUAAAGUAUCUUCAAAGCAGCAGGAUCUCAUUAAAAACAAGCCAUCAGGAGUUAUUUAAACUCCUGCGUCAGUCACCGCUGACAUUCAGUGAAUGACAGUCAUUUCUCACGAUCUCGGCUACAGAGAUCUUCACACUGCAGCCGUGCGUGUGUGUGCAGAUUCAGCAGUUAAGUGCGAUCCAUUAGGUAUAUCUGCCACUUUAACUUACACCUUUUUCUCCACGUUUCUGCUUCAGGAUAUAUGCAGAUAUUUGAGCUCCUCGCUCCGGUUUGCAGACUGUUAUCUGAAUGGCAGGGCUCAUGCAAGUAUAAGCCAAGAUUUAUUUGUGACAUGAUUUGUCAGUCUUUCUAGAUAAUUGCAUCCCUUUUACAGAAACUGAGAUUAUUUUGGAGCUUUUUAAAGCAAGGGGCAUAGAUCUAAAAAACAAAAUAAACUGUGCAUCAUACCCUGCUUGCAGUGGAACUCACUUCAGUUUUCGGGUCACACCGAGGUAGAAUUACUGAAUCAUUUAUAGCGAGUGGAAAGUUUGCAUGAUUAUGUGUGAGUGUGUGUCUUUUGCGGUGUUUGCCUGCCCUCUUUCCUUUCUCUCCCUCCGCUGGAAGUCUUUUGGGAGGCCUGAAAUCAGCUCUUCUGUUCCAGCCUGUCUGCUCUCCAGCCUUCGGGCUUCACUUCAAACGAUUCUGCUUGAAUUACAGGAUGUAAAGUUUCCCAUUUAUCUCAGCGACCGUCCGUGCGAGCACAUGUUUGAUUAGCGAGCCCCGCCUCCUGAUGGCUGAAUUUACUGCUUUUAACUCGCUGAUGAAUGUCCCCAGGAUUCGGCUCUAAAUGUUAAAUAUUGGCCCUUCGGAGAGUUCGGCGCCGCUGUUUCUUCAUAUGAAGAGAGAUGGGGGGGCGGUGCGAGUGGAUAUCGAAGGGAGUUAAAUGAUGUAUAUCUGAUUCAGCUCCGUACACCUCUCUCCCCGGGGACUCCCUUCCCUCCCAUUUCUCUCGAGUCAGGGCCCUCCCUGCUUACCGAGCGAAUUACAGCUGCAGAGAGAGAGAGAGGGUCAAACAGGGUUGUGAAGGACUCGGGGUAGAGGAAGGGAGUCAUGUGUCACACAUUUCAGUGGAGCUAACUCGUGCCUUCACAGCCUCCCUUUGAAGUUUCACUUCCUCUCUGUGAUCCUCUCUUUCUUUUUGCAAACAGCAAACUUCCCUUCAACCUGGAGGCAGCAUGUUUGUGAGCGUGUGCAGAUAUUCUCCAUCUCUGUAAUCUUCCUGUACCUGUGACUGAAUAUCUGUGCGUGUCCACUGAAGGGAGUCGGGGGGGGGGGGGAUAUAGUGAAUAAAUCAGAGUCUAAAUCAAUGAGCAUGAGUCCUUGAGCAGAAAGCAAUAAACUUCAUUAACGAGGUGCAGCCAACAUUAUUUGGGAGGGUACGAGGAGAAAAGCAUUAAUAUUGAUAUAGAAACCAACUGCGUGUUUUAUUAGAGCCUUUAUUUUUCUAACACUUUGCCCUUUUUCGUGAGCUGGCUUGUGAGCUGUUAAAGUGUGCGUGCGUGCAUUACUUCGAGGUGGAGUCCCUCCACCACAUCUGCAAUGCAGCAGAAAACACAAAAAAGAGAGGGAGGAAGCGAGAGGGCUCACGUGCCCAGACAAAAAAUGGAGGACUUCCUCAGACUGAUUUAUUUCUCCCUUAACUGCCCCCUAAAAAUCCACUUGGAUAUUGGAGUCGCGGGCGGUGGAUGUUGCACCGUACGUGGCGACAUGAAUCUGAUUGUGCUUGUUUUUAGGGCGCUACCCGCUGUCCCAGGACACAUCUGCAUUGCACACACCCACGCCACCCUGCGACGCGCCAGCACAGAUGUGGCUGCAUGUGGUGACCUUUGCAGGACGAGCGCUGAGGGACUUCACCUCCUGCCAGCUAAUGCGCCACACAAGUUUUAGUGGUGACUUUACUGUCUGGCGUGUCUCUUGACCUUUUUUUGUUUCGAGUGUAUUUCGGAUCGUGUGUGUGUGUGUGAGUGUGUUUUUUAUUUUAGCAUUUCUCAGUGGAAUUACUGUGAAAAGAUAUGAGGUACUCUGUGGCGAUGGUCGCCGUUGUAAUUCCCUGUUUUGUGGUUACAUGUGUGUUGGUUUGAUGUGCGUCAUUUACUGUUCAAAUGCAUAUCUGUGUGUCUCUUCAAUAUGAAAAAGCUCAGUUGACGAGGAGAGGUCAUGUGUAGGUUUUUCCAACCUCUUCCCACUGAUCCCCCCUGGAAUCCACCUGUCAAAGACCCACUAAGUGACCACCGACCUUUGAUCUCGUAGGGGUUUUAAUUGGCUCACCAGCAGCAUGCGGACUGCUCACUCACCGUAUGUCUCUUCCUCGUACACAAACCCACGCCAACACACAUCUUUUACAUGUGUGUGUGUUCAUCUGUGAUCAGUCUUUGACAGUUAUUUUUUUCUUUUCUUUGUACUGCAUGGACGAUCCAACUUAUUGUGAGUCUUCCAGAAAGAUUUCAAAGAAAUCGCUCUGCUCUAACUUGGAUUCUUGUCUUCCAAAUGCAAAAAGAGUGCUUCAGUCUUCCAGUUAUCAAAGCCACAAUGACACUAUUUUUGUAUUCUAAAUGGGGCAAAAAAAAAUAUCCGUAUAUACCCUCUAUAUAAAUAUAUCCAUGCAAACGUGGCUGGGGUUCAGUAAGUCCCCCUGCUGACAGGAGGGUGGAACAACUACUGUUCAACAUUCAAACCAGUGGAUCACUUGGAAGAAGCAGCUAACCAAGAGUCCAAAAACUUGCAGACUGGAACUCCUGCGUUGACGUGGAGGAUCACAGAUGGGAGGAACUGCAAGCAUGCAUGCACCAAUCAUUUACUGGACACCUUCAAAGAAACAGUCGUUACCCAGUAUUUACUCUUUGACUCCCUAAAUCCCUUAAUCCCCCCCUCUUUCCUAACGUCUCUUACUAUCCCAAUCUCUUGUCUCUGCAUUUGCAAUAUGAUCAGUAUUUAUUUCUAUAAUAACUUACACAAAGUCAAGGGAGACAUAUUAUUGGAUAUAAUUGAAUAAAACAAACUAAUAUAUUUGUAUGAUUGUACCGUUGGUCUCCAGAGAGUUUUCUUGGGGGGGGUCUUUGGGAUUUGACGUCACUCCUUUGGUACACAAGUGACAAUAUUACAUUCAGA